CGCACGAUCAACCUCUUUAGUUCAUACUGAGAAAAAGGCAAAGUCGUGUUUCUUCAGUGGAAAUUUCAGGAUGCUCCUUCCUACAGUUCUCCUGGGUUCAGUUUUAAUUUUCAUCCCACAUUUCCCAUUUGGUGCUUACGCUAAGCUGUAUGUAGACUGCACCUUCGAACGAAUAAAAUCAUGGACGGCGGGUCAGAAUACUUCGGCUUCACCGCUGAGAUUUAUGGGACAGCUUCCCUCUUCGAAAAAGGGUCACAAUUGCCUUGUGAAGACAAAUGAGACAGACCGACUGAUUUAUGUAAGAGCCAAAAGGAACAAAUGGUCCCAAGAAGGUUCACUGCACGUCUCUGCCUAUGAAGAAGACGAGGGAUCCUUGUUAACUAGCCAUCUUGGCAUAUCAACGUCUGAAGCUGGUUGGAGAAGGUUACCUUUCUGUCCUACCAGGGGUAGAGUUGGUGGAAAGCAAUUGUUGUUUUCGGGCACAACUGGCGUCAGUUUCAUGGCGGAAAUGCAGCAAGAAGGAGUCAUUGAAUUAGAUAUACCAGUACCAGUUAAACUGAGUGCAAAAGAUACUUAUCCAGCUGUUUAUCAAUUCAUCCCAACAAAAGACAUUUCAAGUACACAGCUUGACAUAACUGUCACUUCUGAGUCUGAUGACGUACCAGCUUACUUAAAAGUAUCACGUGACUGCAAGGAUGUCAAAGACAACAUCGACGUUGUGGACUAUAAGGGAGAGUCACUUCGUUUGUCGUUCGCUAAAAAGGGACGAAUAACUUUGUCCAAGUUCUCCAUUCCACCUUUGACCGCUUCCACUUCCAGUUGGUUUAUUGGAAUCGCAAUCAAGAACGCCUCAGGUGACACGCCAAUUAAUGCGAGGAAAAAAGUGACAUUAACUUUAAAAAGAUCAUUUGCUUAUUCAUACACCCUUCCCAUGUGGAUAGUACAGUGUGUGAUUUGCAUUCUUAUAGGUUUGGCUGUAUCUAUAUGGGCAUGGUAUAGUUUUAGAGAAUACCCCUGUGUAAACCUGUGUGAAAUUUUCUCAGCUAUGCCGUGCUUUCCGUUUAUUUACUUGUUAAUUCAGGGUCCCAAAACUUUCUCUUACAUCACAUUUAUUGUCGGCUCGGUUUUAAUGGUGGGUUCAAUCCAGUUUGUCUUUGCAGACUGGUAUUUAAUGAUUCAAGAGGGUGAUAGAGAUCACUGUUAUUACAACGAUUUCUGCUAUCGAGUACGUUAUGCUGAUAUUCCCUAUAAUUUAAUCGUCAGCAAUCUAGUUUACGUCUUUCAUGGCUUGAUUUUAGCUAUAAAUGUUCUCUUCAUGGAGUCAGAGGUACUUGCUAAAUGUAAGAAAAUUGCAAGCUCCGCAAAAAAAAAUAGGGAAGAUAGAUUACGGCUUGCAUGCGAGAAAAGGAAAAGGGAAGUAGACGAAUUUAUAAACAAAAAAGUGUAUGAGUUGACAAAAGAGCAGAAACCAAGCGAAACGAUGGAGGAGGUUGCGCAGAAUAACGGAGGAGGUAACAGCAAAGAAGCAGAUUAUCUCUCCGUAAAUAUAUCUGACAGAGAGUUACCAAGUCAUUUGCUUACUUGUCCCGAUAUUUCUCUUCAUUGCGGAGAGAUGCUUGUUCCCGAAGUGAAACCUGGUAUUCAUGAGAACUCUUUUGUAGAAGCACUUAAAAAAAGGUAUAGCUUUUCCAUGGGUUAUGCACUUGCCUGGGCUCUUUUUUUUCAGGGAAUGUUUUCUGCACUCUAUCAUUUCUGUCCAAGUAGGUUUACAUUUCAAUUCGAUACAGCUUUUAUGUUUGUCAUUGCUGGUUUAAGUGUUAUUUUACUCUACAAUGGCAUUGAAAGGCAGCCGUGCACCACAGAAGUUGAAGCAAAAAGUCGUGUUGAGGCAGCCAAUCUCUUUCUUUUCUUCUUAGUUCCAUUAUUGAUUUUUAAUUAUUUUGGAACAAUGUAUCAUUCUGAAGCAGGUUUAGACAAAAAAUUCCAAAUCCCUUUCUUUUUCUUUUUAAUUGUAUGGUUUUUAAUCAUAGCAUCGUGGGCUGGAUAUAAGUUGUAUGCAGUUUGCAGUAAACUUUUUUGUAAAAGUUGUGAAAGCCACUGCGAGUGUUGUAAAUGCUGUACAUGCGGUUGCACCAAAAGAUUUGUAUUAACCCUUUUUUGCUUAUUUGGCUUCGUAGUUACACCACUUGUUCUAAUUGUUCUUUGGUCUCAAAAAAUAUUAGAAUUUACUGACGCCAUUCUGUGGUUUUGUAUAGCAGAGAGCGUAGUUGCUUCUGGAGGAUCUUUCUGUGCGGGUCUAAAGUGUGAGUCGUCAUGUCCUUCAAACUGUCAGGAUUGUGUCGAGGAACUGAAGGCUAGACUUUGUUUUAUCAUCAAAGUAGGUUCUAAAGUAGGUUCUAAAGUAGUUUCUAAAGUGUUAUAUACCUGUACAAUACUGACACUUAAUGGUUUAGCUCUGUGGAUUUUCUUUGCCAAAGAAACCACUGACAAGAGUAAGUCUCCAGAGAAAUCACGUGACCUAAAUCAGGAAUGUAUUUUCCUAGCUUUUUUUGACUGGCAUGAUGUGUGGCAUAUUUUUUCCUCUUUUGGUCUAUUUAUGGCUGCACUUAUGGUUAUCCAUACCAGUUAUGAAUCUCCAAAAUUACUCAGAGAAAAAAGUCAAACUCGUGCAACAACUGGUGCUUCUGAUGAACCGCAAUCAGUUCCCGUUGAGAUGGACUCGCCGGGUGAACAUGAUAUUCCAGAAAAUGCGCAAAAUCCACUUGCAAACAAUAAAGAUGCUACUCCCGGCUUUGAUGAUGUAAAAACCACUGCUGGCGAUUGGCUCGCGGAACUAAAACAGGUAUUACCUUCCUUCCCUUCCGUAAAAUCGCCUCCAGAUGUAAGCAGGCAGUAGGUAUUGAGUGAACAAAACGGGAUUAAGAAAAGGUACACUCAUUCUACAGCUUUCAGGGAUACUUGAAGGACAUUAAUUAAAAAAAUGAUACAGUUUUCAGGGAUACUUGAAGGACAGUAAUUAAUAAAAUGAUUGAAAUUCUCUGACUGUAUAGGCAAUAUAUAUAAAAUUGUCCCUAAGUCAUUCAGCUUCCUCUUACGUAUGUUGGUGCUACAUCAAUUUGUCAGAUUGUUUUUUAAAGUAACUUAGUACUGUUACGGCCAGAAUAAGUUUUCAUAAUCUUAUUGAAUCUUUCUCUCCCAAGAUCUUAUCAGCAAUUCUCCUUACUGUCUACCAUACAAUUCUUAUGAUGUUUCCUCGGAGAACUUGAUGUUAGAACAGCUAAUAAUUAUGAUCCUCAAUUUGGUAUUUUUUUUGUUUAUUCUCGUCACCUGUAUGCUUGAUAUUGUAUUGAUAUUGUAAGGAGAAAUUAUGCUUGGUCACUCAUGGGAGUCAAAGGGUUAACAAUAGUUCACCUGGUUAAUACCUUUUUUAGCAAGGGUAGAACAGUUUGUAGAUAAAAGUAUAAAUUAAAAUUCGGUUUAUAUCGACGUGUUUUUCAAGGCGGACGUUUUAACGCCGUUCGCUUGUGUAUUCCAAAUAGUUACUCAUCAUACCAAUUUUUGUAAAUACAAUUUGAUUUGUCAUUCGCCUUCAUAUUGGGCUAAUUUUCAUAUCAGUAGGUAUAGCCUACUAUAGUUUCUGUUGUAAGGGAGUUCUGACUGAAUAGCAAUGUCUUUGUAAACACUGUUUAAGGUCUUGAUGUAAACGAUCAGUAAAGAGUAACACACGAUGGAUGGAUCGUUGUCUUAAGUUUCGUCUUAAUUACAGUUAUAUGCUGCCAAACGACUCCAUCGAACAUAAUCCGCUGAAGAAGAAUAUAGGUGUGAGACAAACAGAUCUCGCAGUUUCGUACACGAGUCUCGGAUUAUGCCAUUCGCCACACCUUCAAUGUCCAUUGAUUCUCAUUUACUGACGAAGAAAAAAACAGCAUAAGAGAUAGAUAUGACUGGACUGAAAUAUUUAGUUAGAGAUUAAAGAUAAGCUUAGACUACAAUGAAACAGCGGAAACUGAACUGUGAAGAGAAAACCGGUAAUUAACUAACUCAGUUUUACACAGCAGAGGGUAUCAAUCGUUAAUCGCUGAGGUCAAUCGUUAACCGUAAAAGGGCACAAAAACUUAGCCAUUAUAGGCGUAGAAAGUUGACAAAUUUCAAUCGUUCGUCGAGAAAAAUAAAUGAACUAAAUA